AGCAAACCCAGUGGCGUUAACCAAAGCAAGCCUAAACCAUCGGGCAACGAUAAUGGCAACGAAGGAAGUUCAGGCAAUAACCAGAACGAACCAAGCCCGCCAGAUAAUAACCAGAACGGUUUAGGAUCUGGUGGUUCCAAUAAUGCAAAACCAUCUGCAAUCGGAUCUGGUAAUUCAGGUAAUUCAAAACCUUCAAAUGGCGGUAGCGGAAACUCACAAGGUUCGAAACCUUCAAAUGGCGGUAGCGGAAACUCACAAGGUUCGAAACCUUCAAAUGGCGGUAGCGGAAACUCACAAGGUUCGAAACCUUCAAAUGGCGGUAGCGGCAACUCACAAGGUUCGAAACCUUCAAAUGGCGGUAACAGCAGCUCAAACGGCUCAAAACCAUCCGUAUCAGGCCCAGGAGAUGAAGCAACAUCUAACGCAACAGCCCUCCUGAGGUGCAAAGAGAAGGUCGCCGAAGUCGUCCCAGGGUGGCUUCUGCAGCUGAACGAAACUUACGCCGUAAUCGAAGACUUCAUCAGGCAUAUCAAUAACAGCAACGUCAGUACAAUCAGGUAUAUUAAUAACAGCAACGUUAGUACAAUCAGGUAUAUCAAUAACAGCAACGUUAGUACAAUCAGGUAUAUCAAUAACAGCAACGUUAGUACAACCAUCCGAAUGAGCAGCAAUUAUAUAACAGUAAAUGACAACAUAAGCAUUGCUAAUUAUGCCACGACACACACUAAGACCAGCCAUGAGUACAGCAGCGCACCCAAUGUCAGUUUUAGCAAUGCCACUGAAAGUAGUCUUAGCUUUGGUAGCAAUAAUAACUCAAAUGGCAGUAGUGGUACUAAUAACACAAACCUUGUUAAUAACAACUAUAACAACAGUAACGUUGUUAAUUUAAGCAAUUCUAGCAUAUCCUAUGUUAUUAAUUCACUAAAUAACACCAUUGUUAUAAGUGGAACUACAAAUGGUAGAACUGAAAUUAACAAAAGUGCCAGUUCUGUUGAUGAUUACAUUAACAGACAAACAACAAAUAAUGUAAAAAUGCCAACAACUGAUAAGAGUACCUCUUCAUACAACAGUUAUACAGGUGUUCUAAAUAAUGCUUUAUACACAAGUCCUAAGAAUAAUACCGCAGCAAAAACUUAUUCUGCCUCUGAUGUCUCUAUUAAUGUCAACAGCAGCACUCCAAAAAUUGAUCAUACUUACAACAUAACAAAUUCAAGCUCUGGGUAUUUUCCUUUCAGUAGCAAGAGCUCUCCUCAACAUAGGGAUAAUUUAAUCCUAUCUAAUGCAAGUUCACAGACAUUUGAGAGUGCUGUAGUCCCCAAACAUUCUUCUACUUCUAGCACUUCAAACACAGGCUUUGUAAAUUCCACUUUCAGUACUAAGAGCAAUUCUAAACACGAUUUCAGUUUAAAUACUACUAACAUAGAUUUUACGCAGUAUAUUGUCAGAAAUAAUAGCAUUACUAACCAUUAUCCUACUUCUGCCACAGUCAGCAGUAAGAACACUUCUAAACUUGAGUCUAAUAUUUUCAGCACCAGCGGUAACAAUAGCAACAUUUCGCUCUCCAGUAAUAGUUCCAAAAGGCUUAUUGAAAAGCGGCACAUCGAGAGCAGACUUGAACAUAAAACUGAUUCAUCCAUUAACGGAAUGACGAAGAUCACAGGAUUUCACGAGAGGCAAAAUCUAACUCGCUUCAAAAGGAUAGAUGAGGACCAAACUGCGACAAGGAACACCACAAGAAAUAACUGGUUAAAAAAAAAUGUGUAUCCGAUCCCUAAGAAAGCUCAAGGUGUUUCAGCAGAUGGUAAUAGUAUACAAUAUUCUAGUAAAUAUAAACUUGACUUCAUCUCUUACGAUAAUAAUUCUGGGAUAAUUACUAUUAGAGGUAAUGCCAACAUCUCCAGGCUAAUCAUCAACUAUAAUAAUAAACAGAGAGAUCAAGUUGUUAUCGAUUUUAGUACCAAGAACAUUACUAAAGCUUCGACUGAGCCACAAGAUACUGAUCCGGCAACUUAUGUGAAACGUAUGGCAGAAUCUGCUGACCGUGAUUUCGUUGUAAAAAGUCAUGCUAGCCAGCACAUGAUACCAGAGCAUCAUCAGUCUGCAAGGAAUAAGGUCUCUCAUGAAUUAAAGAAAGGAAAAUUGUCUAAAGAUCGCAAAAAGCAAGGAUUUUCAAAAAUGGCUGGUAAAAGUAAGAAACUUCUUCAACGGAAAAGAAAAACUAAAGUGGAUGCUCGUAAACAUAAUGAAAAACUCUUGCCAAACACAGGGGAGGUGCAAGGACAUAACAAGAAGACAAAUUUCGGUUCAAAAAGAAAUGGCAAAGUUAACCAGAAGUCUGUUAGUGGCAUAGUUUUUGAUAAGGAAUCAGGAAACCUUAUCAUUCCUGUAAAUAGUAGCAUCAGCACCAUUAUCGUUGACAAUGGCGGUCAUACGAGUUUGAUAAUAAUUAAUCCUGAUAGCACAAUCACUAUUGUAGAUGACUACUUAAACAGUGAUAUACCAUCAAGACGGAGCUCAUCACAGGCUCUGAGUUCACCAUCAACCUUACCAGAAACACAAGGAGCACACCACACCCAGUCAUUGUUAGUGUUUUCGAAAUCAGAGACAGAAAACUUAGAGACGAUCAUUUCAAACAUUGCAAGACCAACACAGCCAAGUAUAUUAAGUCCAGUAACUUCAAAGGCUCCAGAUUUAUCGUAUCUUCAGACACCUUUCCUGGUUCCUCCAAUUCCAGUAUCUAAAGAGACUGCACUUGAAAUGACAACAGAUCUGCUGCACAAGACUGAGGCAGUGUCCACCUCGAAACUGGCCCCUGCUUCGAAGAUAACAACAGAAAAAGUAACAGCAGCAGCCUCACUCACAAAGUCAAUAGUUACAGAAAUGAGACCCUCAUCAACAAUACUUGAAGCUAUGACACAUGCAGUAAACAUGCCUGUGCUUACGGCAACGUUGCCUACAAUAAAAAUACCCAGAACCACGGAACAAGAAAUAGAUAUUGAUGUUGAAAAAGCAAUAACAACAAAAGAAUCUCAUGUAAAAGUAUCUGCAACAACAGCAAUGUCAGAGAAAGCGCGCUCAGGAAUAGUAACAGAAAAACUACCUACUAUUUCAGUACCUGUGACAACUUUGGCCACAGAUACAGUACCUAAAACAAUUAUGUCUGUAGAAAUCUUAUCUCCUAAAGCACCUAAAACAACAUUACAUGAAGCAGUAACAAGUCCAGAAAACAGACAUUCAGUCACUUCACACAAAUUACCAGAAACUACAGUGACAGUACCUGCAAUAGUAACUUCAGCGCUACCACCUGAAUCAGUGGUAACUGCAAAGGAAGGGCCUUCAACAGCCCCAUAUGUAACAAUGAAAGCUACUGAGAUGGUGCAAAUAACAGUCCUGUGGUAAUUGCAACUCCAUGGAAACUACCUAAUCCUGGAGUACCUACCACAGUAAUAGAUGAUGAAAAGGUC